UCUUCAUCUCUCACCUUACUCGACCUUGAGGCUUCAAACCUCAUGGGAUCCAUACCAGAUAUAUUUGAUUCCUUCCCCAGGUUGGUUGAUGUUUAUCUCUCAAACAACAACCUUACUGGCAUCUUGCCCAAGUCGUUUGCACGAUCCAAGGUUCAAAACCUAUGGCUCAAUGACCAAACUAGUAAGUUGUCCGGUACCAUUGAGAUUCUUUCAUCCAUGACCAACCUAAUCAAGGUGAGCCUUGCGGGAAAUUUAUUCAAUGGUCCCAUUCCUAACAUGUCCAAUUGCAUCAACUUGGAGAAUCUAUUUCUUCAGGGCAAUCAGUUAACAGGUGUAGUUCCAACCUCAUUGUCGAAUCUCCCAAACUUGAGUGUCGUUUCUUUGCAGGACAACUUUUUACAGGGUCCUCUGCCAUUGUUUAGAUUCGAGGUGGAUGUGGAUCUUGGUGUCAACACCACUAACAACUUCUGUUUAGACUAUGUUGGACCUUGUGAUCAGAAGGUUACUACUUUGCUUGAAAUUGCUGAGGCUUUUGGGUAUCCCAUUCCGUUGGCGCGUUCAUGGCAAGGGAACGAUCCAUGUAAAGGUUGGAAUUUCAUUACAUGUGAUGAUGGAAGUAAGAUCAGAACCGUGAACUUCACUAAGCAGAAUUUCAGGGGAACUAUCUCCCCUGCAUUCGGGAAUUUGACUGAUUUGCAGCGGUUAUAUCUGGAUGGGAAUGAUUUGACGGGUUCAAUACCUGAGAGUUUGACAACUUUGCAUGAACUUGAGGUUGUGGAUGUCUCUCACAACAACCUAACGGGAAAUGUUCCAAAUUUCUCACCUAAGGUCAAGUUUAAUGCUAUGGGCAAUGAUUUUCUUGUGCCUUUUCGGGGAAAUGGAACAGCUCCAUCUCCUUAUUCAACUGGAAUGACAGCUAAAACUUCACCUUCAACUCCGUGGAUUGCAGGCUUAGCAGCAGCCAGUGUUGGAAUUUUUGUAGCAUGUGUUGUGGUUAUUUACAAAAGCAAGAGUUUACGGAAAAUCAUGUUAAAAAAGACAAUGGUUGACCGCAAAGUUGAGGGUUUGAUACAAAGUCAUGGGUUUAUGGUGCAAAAACGAUAUAGUUACUCACAGGUAAAAAAGAUGACCAAUUCGUUUCGUGAGGAACUAGGAAAAGGAGCAUUUGGUGUUGUAUAUAAAGGAAGUUUAAGUAAUGAUCGUCAAGUAGCAGUGAAGAUAUUGAAGGAGUCCAAAAAUAAUGAAAAAGAAUUUAAUGGAGAAGAAUUGAAGGGAGAAGAAUUCAUAAAUGAGGUUGCAAGUAUUAUUGGAACAUCUCAUGUGAAUAUUGUUCCAUUUUUAGGAUUUUGUUACGAGACAAAUAAAAGAGCUUUGAUUUAUGAAUUCAUGCCAAAUGGCUCUUUAGAUAAAUUUAUUAAUGAAGAGGUGUGUAAGUUGGAUGGGAGCAGCCUCUACCAGAUUAUAAUUGGUAUUGCUCGAGGACUUGAAUAUUUACAUUGGGGAUGUAAUACUAAGAUUUUACAUCUUGAUAUUAAACCUCAAAAUAUUCUUUUGGAUGAAGAUUUUGUUCCUAAAAUUGCUGAUUUCGGACUGGCUAAAAUAUGCGCAAAGAAAAAGAGUAUUGUAUGUCUACAAUACGUAGGAGGAACUCCAGGAUAUAUUGCACCAGAAGUUUAUAGUCAAAUACACACGGGAGUUUCUCAAGUUUCUCAUAAAUCUGAUGUGUAUAGUUAUGGAAAGUUGAUUCUUAAAGUAAUGGGAGGAAAAAAGAAUUAUAAUAAUAAAGAUCUACAUACCAGUGAAAUGUAUUUUACAGAUUGGAUUUAUGAAGAACUGGAGCAAGAUAAUCUUUCAACAAGAUGCUUGACAGACAUAGAUGAUGAAAAUGAUUUGACAAAGAAGAUUAUUUUAGUAAGCAUGUGGUGUAUUCAAAAAAAUCCAUCUGACAGACCUUGCAUGAAAAAAGUAAUAGAGAUGUUAGAAGGACCACUUGAUUCUGUCCCAUUUCCUCCAAAGCCAGAAAGUUAAGAUCUUCAGAUAUAGCUUUAUGUAAUUGUUGUGUAACAUAUUUCUCAUGACACCACUCUUGCAUGGUAUCUCUUUUUCUCAAAUGGUGUUGUUUUGUGGAGCUAUAAGAACUUGUUGACGUGAGAAAAGUGAAGCUUUCCAUUUGUAAAAUCUGUGACAAACGGAACUC